AUGAAUUCUGUCACAGUUCUUCAUAAGUAAGUUCCGUCUUGCAAGUCACAACUGUAAAUGUUUGAUUAUAAUUAUAGAGGAUAUUAAAUUCAGAUUCAUUCCUAAUUCAGGUUUGAAUACGCACAGUGUGACAUAUGGUUCAUGCGCUUCGCAAUCGAUCACUCUCAAAAAGUAAGUAGAGAAUGCUCAACGGGAAAAAACAGUGAAAAAAUUAGGAUUGCUCUGCUAAAGGCCCAUUUCCACUCAAGAAAAUUUCCACGGACAGAAAAGGACAGAAAAUUUUCCGAAAAUGUCAUUGUUAAAAGUUGAAAAUUUUCGACUUCAAAGUUUUUUUCUGACGGAAAAUUUGUGUCGGCCAAUCACAUUUUACAAAAUUUUCUUUCUGCGGAAAAUAUUCCUAAGUGGAAAUGAGCCUUUAUAUUUUCACAUGACUAUUUCAUUCUUCGCAGUCACCUCGUUAACCUCGUGAAGUAAUAAUAAUUUUUGAGAUAUGUAAAUUUUGUGUUUUUCUUUAGAUCUUAGCAUUAGGAAAUCAAGUUGGUAAGAUUUAUACCUGGGAUAUUGACGUCACCGAUUCUCAUGACGCUAAGUAAGUUUGAUUUGUCACCAAAUGAAAUAACGCGAUGUUUCUUCACAAGGUUCAAAUUUGGAUCCAACGAAAUCUGCCAUCGAAAUGAACAAAAAAUUUUACUGUAUUUUUUUUAGACAAAAAGUACUUUCUCAUCCUAAAUGUACGGCCGCGGUACGACAAACAUGCUUUAGUAAAGACGGGAGGUACGUAAAGCUGGAGUAAUACGAGCAACAAAAUUGCUGCAACUUGCAACAAAAUCUGAUUUCAAUGCAUGUUAAGUAGAAAUGUUGACACAUGUUGCCUCGUGAUUUGUAAUGUAUGUGUAAACAUUCUCAAUUAACAUGCGUUGAAAUCGGAUUUUGUUGCAAGUUGCAGUAAUUUUGUUGCCCGUAUUACUCUACCUUAAAGGCUCUUGUCAACACACGGACGUCAGAUUGCCGGGAGGGGGGACUGGAUUAAAAACUGUGUUUGUGUCAGUUUGUGAUAAGGCAAAAAAAAAAUAUGUGGGUUUCCGGUUUCCCGACCCUACCUAGCUUUUCGACGUCGAAAUGCCGACCCUAAACUUUUUUAUUGGAUCAUGCUUGUAAGUGUUUCCACUUAGAGGAAAAGUUUGUGGAAAAUUGAAAUUUGAGGCAAUAUUAGGGAAAUUUAUCUUUGAAUGUGGAAGCACCGACUAAACAAAAUGGCGUCCGCUUAUUCGGAAAAUUAAAAAAAAAGUUUAAAAAAAAAAGUUAAAACCGACCUACCCUACCUAAGUUUUUAUAAGAAGAAACCGGAAACCCACAUAUUUUUUUUUUGGUCUAAUCUUCAACAUAUACAGGGUGUAUAAAAAAAAGGUAAUCGAACUUCAGCGCGCUAUUAUACGUGAAUUACUUGGCGUAUGAACAAUUGUUUUUCAUAUUCGGAAAGAUCAGGCUUUUAGCUAUUGAAUGGCAUGCUUUUCAUGCCAAGUGGCAAAAAAAAUAAGAAGGUACGAGGCCGAUUAAAAAUGUUAGUCAAAAUCGCAUAUUUUCACCUCUGUGCCUAAUUAAAACAAUGCAUAAGAAAAGAAAAAGCAAUUAAUCACGAACGUGUCGUAGCUUAGCUAAGAUUUAUUCCUACUUCAUAAUAAUUAUGAAUAUGUUGAAGUUUAAUGAAGUGAAAUUCAUCAACUUAAGUCCUAAAGGGGGUUAAUUUUCAAUGGUUUUAGACCCAACUCUCAACGGUGAAAAUAUGCGAUUCUGACUAACAUUUUUUAUCGGAUUCGUAUUUGCUCAAUUUUUCUCCAUUUGGCUUGAAGAAGAUAUCAUUCAACAGCUAAAAGCAUGAACUUUCCGAAUGUGAAAAAAUCUCGUUCAUACGCAGAGUAAUUCAGAUACAAUAGCGCGCUGAAGUUCGAUUACCUUUUUUUUAUACACCCUGUAUAUGACAAAACAUAAGAUUUCUAAAGUUUUCUGCUUUCUUACACGAGCGCUUUGAUGCAAAAUGCCACCAUUAUUAGUUCUUACUCUCCCUUAUUUAUACCCCCAUCAAUUUUAGUGUCUUGAUAUGCGUCUGUGACGAUGGCACAAUAUGGAGAUGGGAUCGUGCGCUGUGA